CCUUUGAAAAUAUGUGUAAUAUGUAAAAUAUUUUGACACCCCCAUGAUAUUUUUCCAGAAUUAAGAGUAUAAAUUGCUCCUUUUGUUCAAGAGCUCUCUAUCAGCUCUCUAACCACUACUGGCAUCAACCUCACCUCCUGCCACAAUGUACAAGAUGCACUUCUUGAUUUGUAUUGCAUUAACUCUAGCAUUCAUCGCAGACGGUGCACCUACCUCAAGCUCCAGGCAGGAAACACAGCAGCAGCUGGAGCACCUGAUACUGGAUCUACAGCGGCUUCUGAAUGGUGUCAGGAAUGACAAGAACUUCAAUCUCCCCAUAAUGCUCCGGUUUGAGUUGUACAUGCCCAGGAAUGUCACAGAAUUAAAACAUCUGCAGUGUCUAGUCAAAGAAUGUGAAGAUCUAAAGGAAGUGCUAAAGUUAGAUCAAAGUAACAGCUUGAGCAAUAUCACGGAAUUAAUGAGCAAUGUCAUUGUACUCGCUCAGAAACUGAAGGGACCUGAAACGGGACUCAACUGUGAGGAUGAUGAUGAGGCGGUGAACAUCGUAGACUUCCUGAACAAGUGGAUUACCUUUUGUCAAAGAAUCUUCUCAACACUGACUUAAGUGCUUCCCACUUAAAAUGUUAUCAGGCUUUCUAUUUAUUUAAAUAUUUAAAAUUUAUAUUUAUUUUUUGAUGUAUGGUUUGCUACCUUUUGUAAUUAUUAUUCUUCGUUUUCAGAUAAUAAA